AUGUGUGCAUGCUGCUGUCCUUGGUGAGCUUUUUCUUAAUGUUUUUAAAGAAGGAAAAAAAGAAAAAAAAUAGGAAAAAUUGGUGGAGGUUUAUUCAGCCUUUGGUAGGAAUUAUUACGGUCGUUUUGGGGACCGUGAGGUCUGAAAAUAGUUUACUGUGUACCCAGAAAUGCGGAAUAAAAAAUGUUUGUUAUUUUUACUUUAAAAGUGUUAAAGAACCGAAAAUUCGCGCUUUCGAAGUUACAAAAAGUAUUUUGAAAAAUAGAAGGGAAUGGUUGGUGGAAACUGUCGUUGCCACAAAUUUCAUGGGCAGCAUGGACCCGUUGAAAUAAAUUCCUGUUCAAAAAAACGCUUGCUGGACAUUAUCAGAGCUCAAAAAAAUUUUUAACAAGGAAGAGUCGAAAAAAAUCCUUUGUUUUUGGGAAGUAAGAUUGGAAAAAAAUUAAAACAGAAUGUUAUUUCUCAAUGGAAAAAUUCGUGUUUUUUUAGGUUUGUUAAAUCAUAAAUUUUUGUUCAAUUCAUCCCUUGAAUGUUCUAUCUUUGAUAUUACACUUUUGUAACUUUCUCAAUUUUUUCAGGUUAGAAAUGAGCCACAUAAAUAAUUCUUGUUCUACAAAAACCGGUUGCUGAUUUAAUUUUUUCCGUUUCAUGAUGACACGUUGUUGACUUUUGAGCUUAUCAACUGAAAUCAUUAUUGACUCGAAACAAUAAAUUUAAAUUUUGAGUGGAAAUCAUGCUGACGCUGAUGAAAUUGAUAAAAUUAAAGGUUGACUUCUGCAAUUUUUUCGGGUUUUUGAGAUGAAAAUAAGUCUGAUCAUCUUCCAUCCGAAAAAUGGAAUUCUCCAAUUACUUUCAAAAUGUCCUAGGAUCUCUUAGAAAGGUUUUUUACUUGAAAUUCUUCCCGAAAACUUUUUUAGACUUGUACGAUAUUUUUUGCAGGCGUUCAAGAAAGAAAUAACUCUGUUUGGAUUUUCCUCAUUUUUUUGAAAUUAACAACACCACUUUGAAAAAAAAAUACUUAAAGCAUCCCCAAAUUUUCUACGAAUAUUUUUCGGGGGAAAGAUUUUUGGAGGAAGGCAAUUUCCCAUCGAAUGACAGCCGAAGCAAGAAUUAUCAGAUUAUCAAAAUCAUUACACCUAAUUGCCUGAUCAAAUCCGAAAUAAGCAGCUUUUCGCCUACUCCACCAAAAUCAAAUCCCAAAUUCACACGUCAAAACAGCAUCGCGUCAAAAUAUUCAUCAACAUAUACGCAAAAUGUCGACGACCAUUCCAUCUGACUCACCGCGCCGCCAUUUCAAAUUCCCAUUUACGCGCCAAUCCUAUUCGUUCGAAUUUUCAACCGGCCCAACCCAUUGUUUUGGUCUUUUACCACCGUUUUGGUAAGGUUUUUUUUUUGGUAUUCUAAUUUCUUACACUGUUUUCAAACGCGUUUGAGUGGAAAAAAAACGAAAAAAUUUGUUUUAAGUGAAAGUUGAGUUGAUAAGGGGUAUUUUCUUGCUUAAUUUUCCUUGUUUAAAGUGUUUUUUUUUUCUGAUGAACUUGAUUCUGAAACUUGUUAGGUAGGCUUCAAAAAAGACUUACCAUUAUAGGCUGUGUACCACGGCUUGGAAUUUCACCAAACGACAUUCCGCUGUGCCGCUGCGCGCCUUUGCGAACCUUGGCCGCGCUUUUAAUUUUUUUAAAAUUUUAUUAAGGUACUCUACCUUCAUGUGCUCCCACAGCAAUAACAAACACUUGGAAGCGCGGCCUAGAUUCGAAAGACGCUUCGCAAACGCGCUCAGCGGAACAGCGGAAUGUCGUUCCGUGAAAUUUCAAUUCGUGGCCCACAGACUAUAUUCUCAAAGUUUCCGGGUAAUCCUGACAACUAGAAACUUAAAAAUAUGCAAAUUUUUUCCUUUAAUUGCAAAUUUCCUAAGUUACCUUUCGAUUGCAAAAGUUUUAUGGUUUUCAAUCGGAUUCUUUCUUUCCAAUUCAAGCUAAAAAAAUACAAAAGCUCUAAGACUUUUAGUUUUCUGAAUAUUUCACUCCGGAGAAAUUCGAUGAACACCUUUUUCACCCUUUAGUGAGUAAACUCAAAACUUUGCAACUGUAUAGACCCUGCAAACUACUUUUCAAAUCGGCCAUAAAAUCUUUCUUUCCCAAAAAAACAGCUCAGAAAUUAAUGGCUCAUGCUGAUAGUAAAAAGCGGUGCCUACAAAAAAGCGCGGUCCAUAAGAUUGCGUAAGUUUAAAAUUGUGCAUCCAGUGGAAAAACCAACUGAGCGGCGCUCAAAAGGGCGGUUUCACACGGACCACCAUAAAAGGCAUGAUAUGAGGUUAACAAUCGGCAAUUACAAAAGAAGGUGGGCGGGCAGGUAAAAGAAUGUAAAUAGAGGCGGUCCAGAAAGAACUCGGAUCAUUUUUGGUCUAUUUCAGAGCCUGGUGCAGUCCUUUCACCGCUGGCUUAACAUUUUCUUUAAAUUACUCCUGCUUUUUUUCCCUUUGUACCGGGUGAGAGGCGUUAACGAUCCAAGUUGAUUAGCCGAGGUCCCAUCCUGCAAUCAGUGAAGAUAAAUGGACCGGCUCAAGUGACAAAUCGGUCCUUGUGUGAGAUGCUGGGAACUAGGAAACCGUGGUAAUCCCUCUACCAACAUUUCUGGAAACCUUUGCUCUCGGAGGGGAUCGAACUUGUGACCCUUCCGACCUUAGAAAAGAACUUAAUCUAUUGCGCUACGCCGUGCCUGAUUUAUAGUAUGAUUACGACUACCAAAAAAUGCACCGGAAAAGGUAGAGGCUUCUUUAUUGACUCAAGACAACAGUGAAGUAUUCUUCUUUUGAAAGUCCACAUUUUUAACAUAGAACAGGGUUUUUGGUAUUUCUGAGGCGCAGAAGUUUUUAAACUUAAAAAAAAUUAGAAGACUUUUCUGUUUGAAAUUCGCCUCCAUCUCUUUUUGUUCUUCGAGAAUGGUAGAUCAACUAUUGAAUGGUACAGUUUUUGAAAGAAACUCCAAAAAUCCCACACUCUAGUCUUUCAAGUGCUGAAGUGCCCUAAAAACCUCACUAGGUAACAUUUGGGACCUCUUGAUUCCAGAACAAGUAGAGAAUCUCUUGCAAUAGAUCUCGUUUUUGAGUUAGGACGCUUUGAAUGCUCAGAAUAACUUUUUUUGUCAUAAUAAAAUUCCCUGGUCAAGAAAAAAAUUUCAAUCAGACGAUGAAUAAAGAUAAUUUCCAGAGGAACACCUAUUUGGUGUCUCAUUUGGAUAUUCCGCAUGAAACACUUGGAUGACCUCCAAGUGUCUUGGCAGCCGCCUAUGUGUUCUUAUGUGUAUGUGUCCCAAUAUCUGUUGUCAUCACGCCGAUAUUGUCCUAUUUAUUUCUGCAUUUCGUUCCACGAAUUGACUUCGUCGCGCUGUUUUCUCUCCUUGACUGUACGCUAUACUCUAAUUUUCAGAUAAAUAGUCGAAGAUUUUCAGCAUUUAUCAAACAAAAAACGGUUAAUGACAGUUUUUUAUCAAUUUUCAGCCAAAAGCAAUUACAAAAACUGAUUUUUCGUCUCAUUUCUGUUUUUCACCGCUCCAAAUCCUCGCGCAAGGUCAAUGGACCCUUGAGUGGGCAAGAUCAAUUUUCUACUGUUCAGCCUCAAAUAGAAAGUAGUGAUCUGUAAUUUAACCUACUAUUUCAUCAUAGAUUGGUUUAUUUCAGUUUUCCGCUCAAAUUUUUUCAUUAUCAAGCCUUAAUGAACAAAAACAACAUUUUUUUGUUUUUCGGUUCUGUUUUGAAGUGCUGUUGAUAUCACUAGGUUGGCAAAUCCUUUUAGUUUCAGGUUGUACGGUUUUCGCAGCUUUUUUUAAAGGUUUAACAGGGGAGGUUAUUAUAUUUUUUUGUAAUUAAAAUAAGUGGCCAGGCAAUUUUUUUAAGUAUCAGAUGAAGAUCCCAAAACUCAACAUGCACAAUUUACCAGUUUUAGAGAAAUAAGGGCCUAUCGCCUCAAAACAGCCUAUUUUAAUGGUUUUUGAGGGGUUUCUUUGACUUUGAGGCGUCUUUUCCCAAAAAGAGACUCCAGAAUCUUGUUCUGGUACAUCAGAGAGUGUUUUGGCCGUUUUGCAGGAAAAUUUCCAGAGUGAAAUUACCUCCCUUGUAAGGCCCGGUGGAGCCAAAACUACAAUGAUUGCAGGAUUCUUUCAAAACUUACCAAAAAAACGAACUUUCUUUUCCACUUAGAGCGCAAAAGAUGCAAGGCAAGAUGGAGAAAAAAUGAGCUCAAAGUUUAUUUACAAUGAGCUUCUUCCUAUUUCCUAGUUAAUUUCCUCCCAAACAGCUGGACAUUCGUGAGAAACGCGCCGAACACUGUUUGAGCUCGGAGUCGGAGUCUUAACUCUUGCUUUCCGCGCAGAUUAUCCGCUGUCCAGCCGACCGUCCGACUGCUGUCUUCUCCACCUUCUUCUCCUUCUUUUUUGUCCGUUUUUCAACCCGCCAAUCUACGACUCGAAUCAUUGUUUUCGGUUCGCGCGUGCUUGUAUGUUUUUGGUGUUUGCUUUUUCUCGCGAGAUCCUCGGGCUCGUCUUGAGGGUUUGCGUUCAGCUGUGUUGUUUUGCUCGGAAUUAGCUAGUUUCGCGGUGAAACUGUGUUAUUUUAAGGGCGGCCAGAUGGCGGUAGAGAAAAUAAAAAAGAACUUUGUUCUGAGAGUUACAGUAUCACUUGUUUUUCCCUGAUAUCCAGCAAAAAAAUCAUAUGAUUAUGCAGAAAAAAAGAGUCGGAGUAUUUGUAGAAAGGUUCAUAUAUAAAUUCGUAUGAUAUUUAUUCAAAACUAGAGCUAGUACCGUGUGUUUUUUUUUCUAGAACUCAGGAUCUUCUUGAGUCGUUCCGUGCCUCAAUUGAAGAAGAGGAAGAUAUAAUCACUGUUUCAAAGUUCAAUUAGUUCAAUUAGCACUCAUUUUUCAAAAAAACAAAAAAUUGGAGCUUCCCUCUGUAGUUCUAAGAAAAUAAUGGGUUGUCUGAUAAGGUAUUUUUUUGAUCAAAAAGACGAAUUUCAUGAGAAAUUUUACUUAUUUUUUUGAGCAGAAUAAUGGAUAAAAGUAUUUCAGGGUUUUUCAAACUCUUGAGAAACGGAAAAAAGUAUGGCCGCCAAGCCCCCAAGUCUUGAAGAUCGAAAAAACAAGGCUCACCGUGACACAAAGAUUUUCCAACUAGACUCUUUUCUUCCUCGGCCCGCUAUUGUUUUUGACCUUUUUUGACUAACUUGUUCAUCCGACCUCUCGCGGCUCAACGCCCGUCUCACGUGGGUCGACGGUCGUCGGAACAAUAAACACGUGUAGCGCUUCUUAGCGCGCGUUAGCCGCUACGCUCUGAGUGCUCAGAUUCUUCGAGUGGUCACUGCCUGCUUCAGUUCCUUCUAUUUUUGUUUGAUUUGUUCUUUUUAAAGAUUUCGAGCUUUUUCUUGUUUUUUUCUUGUUGUAAAGAGUUGAGGAGUUAGUCCCGAAACGAGUUUAUUCAGCUUAUAAAAAGUUGAUUUGAAAAGCUGAAGCUCAAAGUGGCUGUCCAAUUAUCUUAUCAGGGUCUGUGAAAGUGUGAAAAAGGUUCAGAAGACACCAAAAAUCAAGCUUCGCGCCAUUCCCAACUUUUUCUUGCUUCUUAUGUAAUCCUAAGAAACUUUCGAGAACGAAAAAACAUUUUUUUGAAUCUUAGCCAGAAAACGGUUUUAAAAGUUUCAAGCUUGGUUUAUUUUUCCAAAUGCCUGUUUCAUAUGUUCUUCAUGUUGAAAAUUAUGUUAUUAAAAUUUUUGAUGAGAUUUUUCUCAAAAUUUUUUUCCUCUCACUCAAAUUGUUAAAUUCAAGGCUUUUCGGUGUUCUUACAAAAUCAGGAUAACUUUUUUGGAUAUGAGAUGUGCCGGUAACUGUAUUCCGGCUCGUAUUUGCCCAGCCGCCUUUUGAUCGUCGUCCGCCUCCGCCAUAGUGCAACUGACAAUACCGCCACUGCAGGGGGCUCUUUUCAAAUUCGAUUCAUGGUUUUGAUCUUUUUUUUUCUUUUCUCUACUUUCUUCUUGCUUUUUUUCAGUAAACAUACCCCUUUCAUAUUCUUCACCCUGCUCUUGAGGAUUGAUACUUUUCUUAUCAUUGGUUGGGGAAAAUUGAAAGACCUUUCGAUACAAAAAGAUAUUGUUUUGUUUUCUCCACAGUUUUAUCUUUUGCAAUCGCGUGACAUCUCCUACAAUUUCACAUAGAAAUUCAGCGCUUUCUGGUGAUUUUUUUCUGAUUUUUUUAAAGAUUUUUUUAGAUUAAGAAACGCCCUGCAUUUACUUUUUUUGAUUCUUAAAAAAACAAAAAAAUUUCAGCAACUUUCUACAAAGAAAAUUUCCAACAAGUUACCAUCAGGAUACUUCAAAAGUCAUAAUUUCUUAUAAUUUUGAAAGUGCGAGCAAAGUUUUGGUUUAGGAGGGCUUCGCAAUAGUCUUUGAGUAAACAAUGAACUUUUUUUCAGUUUCCUUGAUCUAAAUUUUGCAAAUAUGUCAAAUUCAUCCCAUUUUUGGUUUGAGGAGGUUUUUAGGAGACUUUAACGAGUAUAUCUACAAAAACUAAGCUCAAAUCGAGUAUCCUUUCUCAAUGAACAUGUCUUGAAAAGAAAAAAACAAAAUCUCCUCGCUUUCAUCAUUUCCUAAACUUUCGAAUCCUAAUCUCACAAACCCAUCUCGAUGCAUAUCGUUCAAAACUGCGGCUUCAUAAGCCACUUGAGAUGAGGAAGCCCAUUUGUACGUUUGUCCCUCGGCGGACCAGCGGCGUGGCGAAAAAUGUCUCAAAUGAGCUCUGGAACGCGUUUUGCAAGCGUGUAUUUGGUGAAGUGAUUGCUUUCGGCGUCAGGGCCCAACGAAUCGAAUUCGAAAGUGUAGCCCAUGACGCUUGAAGUGCCUCCUUUUUGCUGAGGUUUUUCCCGAUCGUUUCUUGUGUUUUGUCAGGAAAAGCCGUUGUCGCUUGUCCGUCGUCCCUUCCCCAAGCCAUUGUCCACCUCGUCCGCGUCACCGGAAACCCCUUUUUUCUGCGCGGUUUCGGAGCUUCACUUAGUGUUCUGACGCCUUUUUUAAUGGAGUGUAUGUCUGAAAGCAAUACCAAGUGGUUGAUAAUGUGAUAGUUCAGGAAAACUAGUUUUCAGAGAUGCUUGGAUCACUUGUUUUUAGAGAGAGGAUGUAACUUGUCGGCUAGAUUUAAAGUUGAAUCUUUUUUUCAACUCGAGUGCCUGUUUGAGAUUGUUAUAAAUUAGUUUAGGAUAAAAUUUCAUUUUCAGAAGUCAGAAAAACCAACGGCUCUGUUGAAAUUAUUUGAUGUCUGGAUGAAUAAAAAAAAAUGUUUUAAAAGUUUUUCCGUUACAAAGUUAUCCAGAAGAUUCGUAGCUUUCUGACCCCCGAGAGAAAUGGAAAAAAACUUUCUAUUUGAAUUUUCUAUUACUUAUUUUUCAUUGAAACCAUGCUAUGUCUUUUUUUAAUUUCUAAACGUGAUCUUCAAUCAUGCGGGGCAAAAAAACCAAGGAAAUAUGAGCUCUUCCAGCUUCAAUUAAGGUGUUCUUCUGUUCCACAUGAUUUCUGCACAAGUUCACAAUCCGAAUUCAUAGUAAUUUGAAGCCAUUUCUCGUUCAACAUAAGAAGAACAUCAUGGAAAAAUUAUAUUUGAUUUUUUUUGAAUCUUUCUUCUCAAAUUUAGGUGACGAAAGGUUUCACAAUUUUUCUAGAACCUUGCUCUUCAAACUUGUUCAUCAAGUUUAUUUAUUUCUUGUUUGGAACUUCCCAGAUCCAACUAAACAGUCAGACUAGUUAUUGAUCUCUUGAAGUGAUAAACUCAACGUUGCACUUCUUAUCAACAGUAAGGUGAAUUCCUUGGCCGUUACGUGUCGCGAUAAGAACCCCUACCAUACUGAAUAAGAUUUCUCCUACAAUGAGCUCAACUUCCAGCAUGGCGGCCGACGUCCUAUCCCCCGGCUUCUGGGAGAUCGGCCACUACAAACAUAACGUUCGCAGGAUCAAGGUGAUUUCUUUCGAGUUUUUUUGUGGGUUAAAAAAAGUGACAUGAGUGGAGAAAUUUUUUUGACAUUUCAAUUUGAAUUGAUGCUAUGAUGUUAGAUAAAAAAAUUCAAAAAAAGCUCUGCAUUUUUCUCCAACUUUAAGAUUUGUGGGCUCGAGUAUUUUUUUAAACUUUCUCUUAGGUAUUGAAAAAUUUGCAUCACUGAAAAAAAUUAUGAACCGUCAAAAAAAGUUUUUCAUGAAAAUGAAUGAUCAAAUGACCGGAUAGCAAUGUUAAGAUAAUAUUUUUUUCCAUAAGUCUGCUUUUUUUAUUUUUAUAUUAGAUUAGAUAAAAAAAUGCCAACUGUUGGUUUUUCUGACUCAUUGUCAAGUUAACAAUCUUUGAGAGCUCUUCAAUUUUCUCGGAAUAACAAAAUAGAAAAAAUUUCGUGAAUCAUCUCCGUCGGGGCUCUUAUCUUAUUGAAAAGACUGAACUGCUGAUCUUCUGACUCAUAACUUUUUUUUUCUAAGUUAUCAGAAACUGAAAAAACCAACGCAUUUCGAUCAUUUUCAAUAGAAGUAUCAUUCAGGAUGGCAUCGACCAGCUGGACGAGUAUGCGAAAAUGGUGCGGGAACGGGCAGAAAUCGAGGCCAAAUACACCAAAAUGUUGCAGCAACAUUCGGAAAAAUGGCGGUCCUAUGUCAGAUUUUAUCUCAUAUUCAAUUUCUCGAACAUCUAGAGGCCGUGAGAUCAUGUAAAAAAAUUUUCCUGGAAGCUCCGCUUUUUGAAGUGCAAGCGACUUGAAACGAUUUGCGCAUGAACUCAUUCAAAGUAUCUAGAGAAGCUGUUUGAAUUUAUGUUCAACGUCAUUCCACUUACGACCAUGAUGAAUAAGACAAGCCAAAAUUAACCUAAAACUUAGUAUUUAAAAUUCUGAUUUUUUCAUGAAUUUCAGGUGGAUCGGACGAUUCCUGCCGGAACGGUCAAAACUGUUUGGAAUGACUUGGUCGGCGAAGCUUCUACUCUUUCGAAAAUCCAUAAUAAUGUCAAAGAUCAACUGGUUAACACGGUAAAACCCUGAGAGCCCGCGAAAAAUUAAAAAUUGAUCGAUUUCAGAUCGUCAGAGAGACCGCCGAGUACCGGAAGAACAACCUGCACACUUCGAUUUUAAAAGGACCAAAGGAGAUUCGGGAGAUCGAAGAUGGAUUUGAGAAGGUCAGGCUCAAAUAACUUAUGGUGAUCUAAAAAAAGAUAGUCCUUUAAAAAUCUCCUCCUGAUCAUUCGAGUUUUUCCUCACAAUUAUUUUUACUGAAAAAGUGACAACAAACUUUUUGAGCAUGUUUUUUUCAAUUUUUCCUUUGAAAAUUUAAGAUUUUUCUCAUUAUUAAAAUAUCCCCUGAACGGCCUGAAAAGCUUUUGAACUUAUAUUUUCAGAGCAUUCUCUAUUUAAACCAUUAAACAACGCCAUUAGUAUGGCAAAUAGGAAAAGCAGAAGCUGACUGUUUGUAUAUGAGAUGCCCGGAGCCCAGAAUGCAAUUUCCAGCGGCUCGCGCUGUCUUAUCGUUGCAUUGCGGUCUCCGCAGGUGUACGAGCGAGUUCGCGUAAAGUGGUGUGCCUUGAGGCUUAGGCUUCAGUCGCUAGAAACGGCCCUUGUGCAAAAUGGUUCUGAAGAAAAUUUUUAGAUUUUUUCGAUACGAUCAGGCUGAUAAAGAAAAAAAAAUGAAUUUUUUAUUUGAUAUCCAAAAUAAUAACAAAAACGAGCCCGGCCAUUAUAAUGAGAAGUGCAGAAUUUUUUACAAGCCCCCCCCCCCAAACUUAAAAUCAAUGCGAAAAAGAAAAAGAACUUUUGGAAACAGCAAAAUGAUGUUCAGAAUAUUUGCUGAGAGACAAAAAAUGGUCUUUUUUUGACUAAUUAGCGUUUGAAAUCAUUUUCUCUUAAGUUUUUGACAUCGAUAGAUUUUUUCUUUGCCCUUGAAAACCUCACAAAAUUGUUUCAGGCACAAAAGCCAUGGAAAAAGAAGUACGACAAGAUGGACGACAAACGGAAGGCUUAUUACUCGGCUUGUAGACAGGAAAAAUCUGCUUUAGUCAACUUACAAAAUUGCCAGGUACAUUAUUAUCCCAUUAUUCAAGUUUUCCAAGAAGUUAUUUCAGGCCGACACUUCAGUUUCACAAGACGGAGCUUCGAAAUUCCGCGAGCGGCAUGAAAAAAUGAAGGAGGAGGUCCAGAAGACGAAGAUCGAAUAUGAGAAGGCUCUUACCUCACUUAACGAGUACAGGUAAUUUUUGUGAUUAAUAAAUUUUCAAAGCCGCCAAAAUGGCUCAGAAAGUCACAGGCUUUUGUUUUUUGGCCAUAAGAAACCGAGUUUCAAUUUCAGCCAAGCUGUCGAACUCAUGACAAAUAUUUCAAAACGCCAAAAAUUGCAAGUAGUUUCUGGUCGGGCGCGCUCAUAAAUGUUGCUUUUAUAUCCUUAAAUCGUUUUUGAAAAUUGAGAUUUUUUGAAUGUAUCCACUUUUCUGAGUUUCAAUUAGUGUUUUCCAGAAGCGUCUAUGAAGAAGCCAUGGCUCACGUCUUCAAAGCUUGCCAGGAGAAGGAACUUCAACGAUGCCAAUUUUUCAUCGAAAUCUUCAAAGGAACCCAACAGUUCUUGGCCGAUCUUGUCCGUAACAAUCAGUGAGUUAUUUUUGCAGAUUCUUAUCUCUCACAUGAUAUAAAUUUUGGACCAGCGAAAGAAGAAUUAAUCUUCGUUCUGAUUUGUGAGAAUAACAUGAAAACAGAUGACAAAAGGGCAAAAAUUAAUUCUCUCGUAUGGUCUGUUUGCAGGAGAGAAAAGUUUGGACCAUUGUUUGAAAGUUUUACUCUUGUCUUGGCGGAUGGUUGUUUGAUCUUUGGAAAGUAAUGAGCUUGAAAUCAAAAGGAAAUAUUAAUAAUAGUCAAUUUCCAGUCAAAGCGCUCAUCUUCUGAUAAUCCUUCACUUUCAGAAUUUCCGGCCUUCAUCAGCAGUUGGAACAAACUUUGAGAGGUUCCGACACAGAAUCUCUGAAACGAGACUUGCAUCAGUGGUCCCUGGUGAACGGCGUCGAAUCCCACGCCGACUGGCCUGUUUUUGUGGUACGUCCGUUGUGAUUUUUCAUUUCCAAACUAUGGUUCAUGUCUUUCCGCAAGUUGUUUUGUCACCCAAAAUACAGUAUCCGAUUUCCUUGAAAGCCCUGUUUUUCAUCUCGGGUACAAAGAUUGGACGAUGUGGUUGCGUCAGAUAUCGUUGAAAUGAUCGAGGGCUGCAAAAAAAAAAGUGGUUGAGAUGUUUGUACAUUGCUCCAAGCGACAGAAAAAUUUUAAACUUACUGGUCUCAGAAAUAACGAUAGAUUUUGGGUCAGAGAGGCAGUUGGAAGUAAAAUUACUGGAGAGAAAAACGGAUAUCAUAUCCAAAAAAAAUUUAAAAAGUGAUAAUUUAUUUUGGUAAAUAUUUUCGAAGGUUUGACCUCUUUUCAAGCCAGCACUGAUGGUAUUACUUUCAAAAUAUUUAGGAGUACUCACCGGAGAUCCGAAACAUCGCUGCAAAAGGUAGCGGAAAGGAUUCCGGAGGAGUGAUUCUCACGAGGCAAAUCACCAAAAACGAAGACAUCCCUGCUGUUCCUGGAACGGCUACUGUUGGAACCAACUUCGACCAAGGCAAAACUAGCCCCAAGGUUUAUCAAAAACUAUUUUAAAGCCUUUCAAGAAGAUAUUUUUAGAGUAGCAGUGAUUCUGACACCAACACCUUCGACAGCCGGAAAACUGGCCCUUCCAAGUACAAAAUGCAGCAGCCGCCUCAAGUGGUCACUAACUGGGAUCGAGGUGCUCUAAAUUUCGAAUACAAGUAUUGAGAUCAUAUUUUCAGGCCAACCAGCUCACGAUUCUCCUCCCUUAUCAGCUGCGACGCCAGAUUCGGCAAAAUACGGCGAUUUCGACGAUUUCCAGACCAGCAAACCGGCCACAGUUCUUUAUGAUUAUAAUCCGCUUGAAGGCGAUGAGAUUCAACUCCGCAAAGGUUUUGAAACUUCUGAGAGCUUAAUAUACAAGUAAAUUUGAAGGUGAAACGAUAGAAGUUCUCACAGAGCCAGAUUCUCUCGGUUGGUGCACGGGGCGCAAAAAUGGAACGGUGAGAAAAUUUUUGAGAUAACAUCCAGAAAUAUUCAAAAUGUCUCAGGUUUACAAUACCCUAUCUUCUGAGUUUUCUAUCCUAAAAAUUAAAAUUAGGAAGGUUAGAAACAUAAUCCUGUUAAAAGAAAAAAAAUAUAUUUUCUCGAUUUUUUUUGUCAAUUUCUAACGGAAAAUCCUGCAGAUUGGCCUGUUCCCAGCCAGCUACGUUCAAUGUGUUUGA